AUGACAACCACAACAUCACCAAAACCAACAUCUGCUUCAGUAGCCACUAUUAAUGUACCGUCCCCAACGGGCAAGAAAAUGCCAUUGGAGGGAAGCUAUGUGGUGUGGAAUAAUCGUGGUGGUUCGGGCAAAACAAAUUUAACUUAUCAUUUAGCUAUUAAAUACGCAUAUCGAAAUCCAGAUAAAACUGUUCUUGUUGUUGAUAUGUGUCCACAAGCUGAUCUUAGUCAUGCUUUUCUUGGUGAUGAUGAAGAAGGACGUGAUUAUGUUUCACAAAUAGGUUCACUAAAAAAAGAUCCAAUGAUACUUGAUGGACAACAACGUAUACCACGAACAAUAUCAGGUUAUCUCGAUAUAUAUACAUCAGUUGGUUUACCAAAUAAUGUUGAUCCACGAACAUUUUUAUUUAAUGUAUCCAAAUUUAACAAUCAAUUGCCUCGUAAUGUUUAUUUAUUAUGUGGUGAUACAUCCCUUGAAUUAUUAAGUAAAGCAAUGGAUUUAAAGCGAAGUUCACAUACAAUAACUCCUUAUGCCAAUCCAUGGCGUACAAUAACACAAAGUUUACGUGCAUUUGUACAUAAAAUAGGCGAAAGACGUGGAAUUAAAUUAAUGACAUUUAUUGAUACAAACUCAUCAUUUAGUGUUUGUACUGAAAUAGCAUUAACAGCUGCAGAUCGUCUUAUAUUACCUGUUAGCGAAGAUCAUCUACAUCGAAAUGGCUUCGAAUAUCUUUUUAGUCUUCUUUAUGGUUUUUCCCAACCGUCCAGUAUAUAUUAUUAUUAUCGUCAUUAUAGUUUUUACUAUCGAGCUGAUGAAAAUGGUGUUAAAUUACCUAAAAUACAUUUAAUUUUAUGUAAAGUAGCAUCAGCCAAUAAAGAACCAAAAAUAGGUAUUGGUGGUAAUGUACCAAUAGCUGAAGAAAUUGAUAAAUGUUGGCGUUUUGUUUAUGAUACAUAUACAAAACAUCGUGAUGCAUUUGAAAUACGUACAUCAUCAUCAAUUUCAACAGCAUCACCAUCACAUGAAAGAAGUGCAUCGACUGCACCACGCUUGUCAUCAAUAUCAUUAACACCAUCAUUAAUACACGAACCACGCCAUUCAUUGUCAACACCUGUAACUCCAUCAUCAACAAGCCAUUGUCAUAAUCAUAUAAAUAAUUUAAAUAGUUUAACACAACAACAAUAUCAAAUACAAACAUUUGAAGAAUUCAUGAGACAAUAUGUUAUGCAUAUUGGAAAUGAAACAAAUGUUGUAUCACGUAUGGCUGUCAAAUCACAUUCACCAUUACUUGCUGUUAAACACCCACAUCAUUCACAUGAAUAUCAAAUAUGUGCACAGACUUUUGACAAAACAUUAAACGAUAUUGUUGAACGUAUUUGA